GCUUAUCUUUUUAUAUAAAAAAUAUAAAAAAUAUUUUAUAAAAAAUAUAUAAAAGCGAGUAAACUUAUUUUAUAAAAAAUAUAUAAAAGCGAGUAAACUUAAUCUAGUAAUCGACAUAGAAGAUGGAGAUAUCAAACUUGGUGGAGGACAGAAAAAUGGGAUUUCGGAUGAAAACCCUGACGAAAGAGAAAGAGAGAGACAUAAAUGGAUGGUCAAAUAAGAAAGUGACACCUAAGGGUCUUUACCAAUUCUAAAAAUCCUAAUUUAAACACCUGUUUUAUAUUUUGUUUACUUUUUUCAUUUAUUAUUUUUCUCUAUUUUGUUUGGAACCCCACUUAAGAGGCGUUGAUGGAGGUGGUCUUAUCUUUUAGGGGGUUUCAAGAUUUUCUUUUGUUGUAAUAUACUUUUGAUUCUUUGGAUCGAUUAUCUUUUUGCUUGCCAAAUUUUAUUUUUCGCUUGGGUGAUUUUUGAAGUGUUUAUCGAUCUUUCACGAAGCUUUUCUUAAAGUUAUUGCUUUGUCUUUGUUGAAGAUCGCAAUAAUCUGCUUUCCGCUUGGCCUUUAUUCCGAUUCCGUCGGUGAUUUGAAACAGAAAGCUCCUUUUUAUGUGUUCACUUUUAUUCCGAUCAGUCUUUCCCGAUCUUAGCUGGUUAUGGCGUUAUGGAAAGCAUAUCUGAUUGAGAGUUAAUAGGGUUUGAUGGAUCUCUUUGGUCAAUUCUGGAGUAGAUCAUGAAGAAUUGGCAUUCUAACGAUCCAAGAAAUGGUCUUUUUUUUUUCCAAGAAAUGGUCUUCCUUCAAUCUGGCUAAGCUUCCUCUGCUUUACUUUCCAAUGAAACGGGUAUGGUCUGAUCAGGUGGUCGCGGUAGAGGUGAAAAGCAACCUCAAAUUCGUAUUAGCGUUUAGAGCAACGGCGGAGAAGAGAAGAAAUGUGGAGGUCAAAUCGUAAGAGUCGCGGUGGUGAAGCUCCCUCGACGGCCGUGCUGCUGUUUUCUUCAGUUUAGGACACAUUAGAAUACAUGUUCUAUGGUGGCUUCCCCAAUUGACACGUGCUAUAUGACCACUCCCAUUAGUUUUAGGCUUCGAAUGGUACCAAUGGAUUAAACGGUGUGCGAUUAGCGGAUUGAAUAUUAGGUGGACGGCGAUGGCGAUGGCGAUUGACUGUUAGGGUUCGAUGAAUUUUCGCGAAUGGGAUCCGGGGACUCGAGGGGUUACAGGAAUCUCGGUUCAUCAAUAUGGGGAGUUAGAGGCGACCCGCAAAGGAUUCAAAGCAUUGAAAAGUACAUAUCUGAUUGAGAUUACAGGCGAUUUCAUACAAAAAGGAAAAUUGGGAAUUGAGGGAUUUUGGUGUUUCUUGGAAGUUUGGUCUCGGAAUCUCCAAGGUAUGAUUCUGAACCAGAAAGGGGAAGUAGCUGCUUUGGAGUUUAAGAAAAAGAUUUACGGAUCUUUUUUCCUCCGAGUUUGGAAGGUUUUGAUGGGGUCUAGGCCCUCGUCGCCACCCACAAGCGUACGGUCAGUAAAACGGCAACUCGUCAUGGAGAAGGAGCAAAACAGCAGGAGGAGAAGGGUCUCGCAAACCCCAAACCUAAUGCCACCAAACCUUAGAAGUAUCAUGAAGACACAAGAAGUGGAGGGUUUAUGCAAGCAGUUGGUGUGCUCUAUUUUUAAUUUUAAUUCUGUUUUUCGGUUUAAUAAGCUCUGUGAGCAUCUUAUUGAGAUUUGUUUUGGUUAUUUUGUUGGUUCUACUUGUUCCAUGUGUUUCAUUGGCUUGCCCUACGUGGGUUUCAAUUGGAAUAUGACGAGACUCUUUGGUUUUUGGUUUUGGCUUGGAUGUGGCGGUGGUUUUAGUGGGCUUUCUCUUACGGUUUCAAAACAACAGACGCCAUGUCUGCAAGAUGGUUUUACUAUAGAGGAGCUACUGUGUUUGGUCUCAUUAAACCAUCCACAGAUAUCACAUGUGUGUACGGAGGUGUCUGAGUUGGUGGAGAUCGGUCAAAAGGAUAGUAGAAUGGUUUUAUAUUUGCGUAUGGGUUGGUCUUCUAUUUGUUUUCUUAUUCGGAUGAAAUGGUGUUGUGUCUCUGUGAUAUUUUUUUCAAACAAGGGAGUUAGGGAGUUUGGCUCAAGAAGUCCAACAAUUAUGGAGGGGGGAUACCAAUGGUGGGUUACGAAAAAGCAAGGCUGAGGUUUUAUUUUUUCGAAGAGGUUUAGUGGUCCAAUAUUAUAUUUCUGUGAAGGUUUUCUACGUCUUACAAGAUACACAUAAGGUCUGGUACUUUCUAAUGUUUAAUAAAAAUAGGAUUUCAAUUAUAAGUAAACAUCGAGGAAGGACAUUAGAAGUGGCACGUGGUUUAAAAUCUGUUGAUGAUCAAGAAUUUAUUUGGAGUGGUUUGGAGAGAAUCUGGAUACAUGGGAGAUGGGAGGUUAUAUUCAAUACGCACAUGUUAAUUGAGGCAGUACGGCUUCAAUGGGGUGUACGGUUUUGGUCCAUGUUGCAAUUUAUAUAUUUUGGUGCAGUGAAAGAUCAGGUUUAUGGCAAUACGAUUCACACAAAUUAUGCCGAGUGCAUUCUGGUUACUCAGGGUUUCCUCACACCCGAUUGUCUAGCUCAAAUGAGCUUUCUCCAAAAAAAAAUUUUAUGAUAGUGUUGAGCUGGAAUUGUAGAGGUGCGGGAAGUCAUUGGACAAUUAGUUAUCUCCGGGAAAUAUGGCAUAAACAUAGACCGGAUUUUUUGUUCCUCUCCGAGACAAAACAGGAUUUGACGUUUAUUCAGGGGUUACAGUCCCAUUUUGGUUAUGACAAUUUAGUUACAGUGGACCCGGUUGGUGCGAGUGGAGGUUUGGCGUUGUUUUAUAAUAAU